CAGUGUUUGGCCCUGACGUCAGCCGUUACCGCCCUGCCUGCAGUGUCGGAGCCUCCAGAAGGAGGAGAUGCUGCUGCUGAUGCUGCUGAUGAUGAUGGAGACGGGAGAAGCGGCCUCGCCAUCCAUCCCAUCCGCGGGCGGAAUUGAGGCGCACUGACCCUGAUAAACAGGCGAGUGUCAGGGGAGGUGGGUGGGUGGGGGGGAAACUUUCGGAUGGGGACGCCGAAACGUCCGCCACCUUCCACAUCUGGCGCAGGAAGAGAUGCCCCGCGGCAGCCCAGGGAGCGGCGGGCUGUGGUGUCGCUCCGGUCGGGGGGUUCCUCAGCUUGGCACGGCUCCGGCGAGCGCGCCCACUGUGGAGGCGAUUUAGGGAAGACGUCCACUGGGUAAUCAAAAAAACACACCAUAUCGUCAUUUUUUAAGCAUCGCCGCCGAUGUGACGAGCAGAAGGUGAAGAAAUGGCUUUAAAAAGAAGGGUGGAGCUGCGGUUUCUUGAAUAAAUGAUGAGGAAUCCCGCUCGGCACUAAUUACGCGAGGUUCAUUUUGAUGUUUAUGUCCGACAGACUGCCUCGCCGCCUUGUUUUCGUGGCCGAACAAUGACACCGGUGAUGUUAUGUCACCGGAGCUAGAGCUGAUGAUGGCUGCUGGCCGGUGCGGGACGACCCCAGGCAUUCAUGCAAAGCGCCCUGAUAGUGGCUCUCCAUGGAGGCUGUUUAUGCAAUCCGACGCAGUGUUGCAAGUGGGCUGAUUUCACGCUGUUUGUCUCCAUGUGAUGUGAUCCCCACAACUGCCAGGCCUUUAUGUUUCUGUGAAAUAUGCCCAGGCCCUGCGUAAAACAUCACCAAGUGUCCCCGCGCAGGGACGAGCUCUGAAUAAAGGGGUGCCCUUCUUUCUGGAUUUUUAAAAAAGAAGAAGACACAGGGAAAGCCAUCAUGUCGAAAGUUGUCAGCAACAAGGAGAAGAAAUCCUUCAGCAAGAAGCUGUUCCGGAGGAGCUCGGUGCGCUCCGUGGGCAGCUUCAUGAACAGAGUUCUCAGGACUCUGUCCACUCUCUCUCAUUUCGGCACCGACGAACAGGCCGAGCAGGACGAGAAGGAAGAGGCAGCUUUGAUCCCGAGCAUCACCGGAGGCUCGGUGCCGUCCGACGACAGCGACUGCGGGGGGUUUCCCUUCGGGGACAAGGUUCCGGGGGUGGCCGGGCUCAAGAACCACGGCAACACCUGCUUCAUGAACGCCAUCCUGCAGUGCCUGAGCAACACCGAGCUGUUCGCAGAGUACCUGGCUCUGGAGCAGUUCAGAGGAGGGGAGACGACCAGCAACAACGACAAGGCCAAGUCCAACGGGGUGCUGGUGCAGAAGAAGGCCAGCAGCCAGCAGCAGGAGACCGGGGAGGUGACCGAGCAGCUGUCCGGGCUGGUCCGGGCUCUCUGGACCUUUGAGUACACUCCUCAGCACAGCAGAGACUUCAAGAAUGUGGUGUCGAAGAGCGCCCUUCAGUUUAAGGGAAACUCUCAGCACGAUGCCCAGGAAUUCCUCCUCUGGUUACUUGACAGAGUUCAUGAAGACCUCAACCAAAUUGUCCACCCAGACAUCAGACCCCCCAGGAAGCCUCCAGUAGAAGAAGAAACUGUCCCUGAAGGAUCUCCACUACCAGCACCUGUCUUUGUACAGGAGCUGUUUCAGGCACAAUACAGGUCCUCUCUGACUUGCCCUCACUGCCAGAAACAGAGCAACACCUUUGAUCCUUUCCUCUGCAUCUCACUGCCAAUCCCGGUACCUCACACACGGCCCCUGUAUGUGACAGUGGUGUACCAAGGAAAGUGCUCCCACUGUAUGAGAGUCGGGGUGGCGGUGCCUCUGUCUGGCACCGUGUCCAGGUUGAGACUAGCUGUGGCUCAAGAGACCAAAAUCCCUGCCCAACAGAUUGUCCUCACUGAAAUGUACUACGACGGCUUUCAUCGCUCCUUCUGCGACGACGACGACGACCUUGAGAUCAUUCAGGAGAGCGACUCCAUCUUUGCCUUCGAGACACCCGAGCUGUUCAGACCGGAGCAGAUCCGCUCCAAGCGAGGCGGGAGCCCACAUGCAAAUCUCAAUCAGAACAACUUGAAGUAUGGCACAGAUAACAACAGGAUAUCCACACAAAUACAGGAGCCUACUACGCCGCCUCAGAGUCCCAAUAAGAACAGUGGGCAGGCUGAGAAGAUUGUCCUGCUGGUGUGCAACAGAGCCUGCGCUGGACAACAAGGACGCAGGUUUGGCAAUCCAUUUAUUCUAUACUUGGAGCGUACAGUGACAUGGGAUAUUCUGCAGAAAGAGAUCUUGGAGAAGAUGAAGCAUCUUUUGCGCCCUGGAGUCUUUGUGCAGGUAGGGCCCUUCACUUUGCGAGUGGUCGGAGUGGUUGGAAUCACAUAUCUGUUGCCUCAGGAGGAGCAGCCGCUCUGCCAUCCCUCCGUGGAGAGGGCGUUCAAGUCCUGCGGUCCUGGGGGGCCACCUCAUGUCAAAAUCGUGGUGGAAUGGGACAAGGAGACGAAAGACUAUCUGUUCAAAAGAACGGAGGAUGAAUACAUCCCAGAUGCUGAAAGUGUGCGUCAAGUGAAGGAGCAGCAUCUGCAGCCUCAGACCUGCUCCCUGGCUCAGUGCUUUCAACUCUACACCAAAGAGGAACAGCUUGCUCCCGAUGAUGCAUGGCGAUGUCCACACUGUAAGCAGCUUCAACAGGGCAGCAUCAAACUCAGCCUUUGGACACUGCCAGACAUCCUCAUACUUCACCUGAAACGCUUCAGACAGGAUGCCGAUCGACGAAUGAAGAUGCAGAACAUGGUGAAGUUCCCGCUCACAGGCAUGGACAUGGCACCCCAUAUGGUAAAGAGGAGCCAGAGCAGCUGGAGCCUCCCUUCCCACUGGUCACCAUGGAGACGUCCUUAUGGGAUGGGUCGCGAUCCGGAGGACUACCUUUACGACCUGUAUGCAGUGUGCAACCAUCAUGGGACCAUGCAGGGAGGGCACUACACAGCCCACUGUAAGAACUCCAUCGAUGGACAGUGGUACUGCUUUGAUGACAGCGAUGUUCAUCCCAUGUCUGAAGAGGAGGUCUGCAAGCAGACGGCUUACAUCUUGUUCUAUCAGAGACGUGCAACAAUCCCAUCUUGGUCUGCAAACAGCUCUGUGGGAGGCUCUACCAGUUCUUCUCUAUGUGAGCACUGGAUCAGUCGGCUGAUGGGAAGCCGUCCACCCAGCCAAGCUUCAUCUGGUUCCUCCAGACGCACGUCACUCGCUUCACUCUCGGAAUCCGCUGAGUUUACUGGUGAACGGAGCGAGGACGAUGGCCUAUCAACCCGACCAGCAGUGAGAGGAAUGCAAAGGCAAACAUUCUCCUCAAGAUCUUCCAUCGCAAGCCCUCUCGUGCUGAGUGAAAACGGCACCAAACCAUCCUGGCCUCACUCCGCUAAGCUCCAGCUCCGUUCCAACUCUCCAUCUCGCUUCUCCUUGGAGUCCCACUCCUCAUCGCCGACGCUAGAGAGGAUAGGAGAGGUGGUUGAUAGCCAGCUGUCAACCUCCUUCACUGGGUCACCUAAGCCGGACAGAUUAUCAGGGGCCAAGUCAGGCCUUGCUGCUUUGGAUGCUAAUGCAGGCACUAAGAGGCUCAUAGAGCAGGUGCACUCCAAAGCUGUGGCCCAGGCCGAGCAGAGAAGCUCCCUCCAGACUGGAGAUAACAACAAUGUCGUCAAUGCUGCUGAACAGGUCAGUCCUCGACAUGGCGUAGCUGCAAAGGAUCCCAAACAAAGAAACGGGUCUGCAGACAGCGCUGGUGCUAAAAGGACCUCAGCCAAGACCGGGAUAGAGAGUGAAAGGAGCCCCAAGAAGCGUCCUGCCACCUCUUCAACGUCAUCCAGCUCUCUCUCUCCUGCAUCUCCUGCUGUAGACAAGUCACCAUCUAGAACUCAGUCCAAGAGUCCAAACCCCAAGGACAAAAGCGAUGGACCGGCUAAAGCUAGCAAGAGUGGAUCCUCAAGAACAGCAACCCCCUCCAAGAAAGGAUCAUCCCAAACCCCAGAGGUAUUGCAUCCUGACUCUGCCCAGCAGAGGAAGAGUGGUUCUCCAGCAUCACAGAGCUCACACCCUCCAAGGAGGACUUCACCCAGAGGGGGAGGUGAAAAAAGCUCAGCCUCAGCAAGGACUAGAGCAGCAGACAGGAGCACUAGUCGUGACUCCUCACGGACCAGUGCAGUGCCAGACAGGAAAACUACUCAUGGAGGUCCUCCCUCCAGGCAGAGUGCUGCUAGUAGAGCAGAAAGCAGGCCAGGUAGGGCUGGUGAAGAAAGAGGAGCCGGCCGGAGCUCAAGUAGUAGCUCCUCCAUGACUAGUCUCCGAACUUCAAGUGUAGGUGCUUCCUCUGCAAGUGCAGCUCCACCUUCACGUGGACCUCGAAGGAACAGUAAGACAGAGGACAAGGGUCUGUCCUUCUUUAAAACUGCUCUGAGGCCCAAAGAGGGCCGUAAACCAAGCGACAGUGGGAAAUCAGGGGCAGGAGAAUCUAAAGGAAGUCCAGAGGACGGUGGUGGAGAUGCGACUCGAGAGGGAAGCUCACAUGGAGCGAGUAAAAAAGCCCAGAAUGUGGCUUCGGAGGCCCAGACUAACGUGACCGCAGCCAAAGACAAGGAAUCAUCUAAAACAUCAGCUGCAGCUAAACAUUCACUGCUGCCCUCCACAAAAUCGAAGCUCUCUGGUGCAGAAACGACCACCCAGUCAUCUGCCAGUGCAAAGGACCCUUCAAAGAAAGAGCCUGCUAAAAAGACCAUACAGUCCAGGAAGAUCCCCAUCAACACCACACAAACUAGCCAGAGAUCCAAGUGAUGUUAAUUUGAGGGCCUGAUAACAAUCUCUCAAGUGCAGCUCAGAGGUGUUUUAACCAUCAAACUAGACCAAGCGUCUGUCAAACAACUUUAAAGCACCUGUAGCUCUUCAGUGGUCACUGAAUACCAGCUGCCAUACCGGACACUUACUGUCCACAUUGUUAAAUAGUUAUUUAGGAAUGGAUUUUAACAAAGCACUUUGUAUGGAUUGCAUUGAUUUUGAGGAAUAUUAUACUGUAUUGUAAAUACGCAUGGACAUGUAUUGAAAUUAUUGCCUUGUUCUGUCUGUAGCAUUGUUGGGAGAAGAAUGUCAAAGCAGGAAAGGUGAAAAUAAAAGUCACUUUGCACAAGAUGGAAAGCAGAUAUAAUGGUGGAAAGAAGCUCAAACAUGGACUACUCAGUCGCCAAAGGAAGUUUACUGGCAGUUUUUAAACAUGCUGAUGCAGUGAAAUAUUUUCAAAAAGUCUUUAUGUACAGCUCUCCUUCCAUAUCGAGAGCCAUAUGUCAACAACAAACAUCAGUGCCUCUGAUAAUCAUAGAGAAGUAUUUAAUCUAAAUUGUAUAACUGCAGGUGUUGGUAAAUUUGUAAUUCAAUUUUAAUAUUUAUUAAGCACUGAAAAUGUAAUUUCAAGUAAAAAAAAACAACAACACACAAUUAAGCCUAUUUAACCCAAACUGCUGUUUACAUAUGCUCUUUGAUGUGAUAAUUCUGCAACAGCCUUUAAGAAGUAUUUUUUUGUACGGAAAAAGCCUGUGGAGAGGCUGAGGAGGAGGAGCGCGGGAAUGAAGCAUGUGUCGUUGCUGUGAAACGCCUGGAGAUCUUGGAUUGGUCUCAAUGUUUGUGUUUUUUUUAAAAAUUACAAAUAACCUGUUACCCCUCAGACAUAACUCCUCACCCACCUUUGCCCUCCAGCUGCUGAUGCCAACACUUUUACCACAUUUUUUUUAAUAGGGAAUCGGCCUCCUCAGACUGCCAGACAUCUCCAAACAUUCCUCUCUGAUGAACACAGGGUUAAUGAAAGAAAAAAAAAAAAGCCACACAACAGCCGGACGACACAUUCAAAGACAGCUCGGAUGCCUUUCAUUCAACGCCAUACAUGUACAUAGAGCAUUAUGGUGCAUUUGAGUCCGCCCCGUCCUCACGCUUGUGCACAUCUUUAGCUUGCAUUACAGAGUCCGCCGUACAGCGCACUGACAUAGACUGAGAAAAGAGUUCACCGUUCUUGAAGUAUAUGACAGUUGUUGCAUGAUAAAUUGCUUAUGCAUGCACUUAACUAUGCAAGCACAUUCUUGCUGAUGCCCACACUGAGUAUGUAGAAGUGCUACUCUUGGAUGUGUUGUUACUUUCGAACUGUAUAUGUUUCCAAAUGCCAGCAUCAGAGAGCAUGUCCAGGCAUCCUUUAUUAAAGCUUUGUUUGCACAUUUCUUCAAAGUAAUAGACAUUUUUGUAUGAAUGAUAAGUAUUGCUCAUUUACCCGCUCCAAGUAAAUCAGCUCACUUGCAAAGUAACGUUUUCUGUAUUGUGUUCAUUUGUCUCACAGGUUUUCCCGCCGCACAGUUCCACUUUGAUGCAGUUUACAACUUGUGGUGUAAUAUAUUUUUCCCCGAUCUGAUUAUUAUUAGUCCAAAGACCCCAUCACAGGCUUUGUGUCUGGUUCUGAAUAGACAUUUUAACGGGCCAGGAGCAAUCGAGAUGAGAUUCAGUCUGUGUAACCACGCUGUCUUCUGCUUUUGUCUGAAGAUCCACAAAAAUAAUCAUGAUGUGCAAUAUGUAUAUAUAUUUUUGACUUGUUCUGAUUUCAGCUAUUGUAUGUCUCAAAAGAACCUACAACAAUACUGAUAUCUUGAUGAGACAGAAAAAGCUGUAACAAAAAAAAAAUCACUGUGAAUCACUGCACUGAUCAUCAACUAAUUAUGUACCGAAGGCAAAUUUAUCAGUGGCAGUUUUAAUCAUAGUAAUAAUAAUAAUAAUAGCAGUAUGCUGUGGAUUCACUGAAUGUCACGUUUAAGGAGGAGUUUUUAUCACUAGUCCAAGCAGCUUGAUCAUAAACUGCUUUCUGGCUCAUGUGGUGCAGAAUAAAUCAAACAUCUUCAGUGCCUGGUGGAUACAGCGUAUUACACCCAACACAUGCAGUAUAUAAACUGACCUAUGUACCAACUUUCAAGUGAGCCCUUGCAGUGUUGACGACAUGUAUAAAUAGAGCGAGGAAUCAUUUAUUUGCACAAAUGCAUGAGAGUGACCGAACCUUUUUAUUUUUCCAUUUCUAUUCUGUGAUGUCAUAUUUUGAAAUGUACUGUGCUCAUCUUCUUUCGAGGGGUAGCGGUGCGUGUUGGCAUUGGUUUAGCAAUGCGAGACAAAUAAAAUUCUGCCAUUAAAUAACCUUUUGUUGA